AUGCAUCUUUCACCAUUUGAUGACCCAGAUUAUAGCUACCCAUCUAGUAAUGUGAUUGCAGAUAAGAAAUGCGUUGAUCCAGAUUCGCCUAAUUCGGAUGGUAGGACAGUUGGAUUUGGUUUGCAUUCUACCGAUGAUUCAGCUAAUAUUCGCAGUAGUUUCCUUCAAUCGCACGUACCUUGUCAAGCACGAAUCAAAUCUGAACAGCAAAGGUGUAGGAAAUUGGAAAACACAAUAACGCAACUGAAAAGGCAACUAUUUGUCUGCCGCCAACAAAGCGCACGUCGUUUGAAAUCAAAGCAGGCGAUCAAGAGAAAGUUUUUCCGUGUUCAAACCAACUUCAAUGAACUGAAAAGGCUAAAAUCUGAUAACGAACAAUUGGGAGAACAGAUUCGUCUAAACCCUAUCAUUUUUGAUUGUUUGCGUAAUAUGAAAAGAAAGCCCAAGGGCCGUCGGUAUCAUCGAGCCACGAUGAAAUUCGCGGCAGGAACAUAUAUGAGCGGGCCACGUGCUUACCGUUAUAUAAGAAAAUCAAAUCACUUAAUACUCCCGCAUAAAAACUCCAUUCAUCGUCAUAAUAGAAUUGUUCGGAUUGCACCUGGUCUUAAUGAACAGAUUCUCGCCAUCAUGAAGACAAAAGCCAAACAAAUGAGGGAAAAAGGCCAAAGGGUUGUCAUUAUAUCGUGCGACGGCAUGUCUCUUAAAGCCGAUUUGGCAUAUUCUGCUAAAGCAGACGUUUUCUUUGGCUUUCCUGAUAGCGGAAAGCGACGCAAAAUUGAACGAAACGAUGUCACAAAACUCGCAACGGAGGCAGUUACAGUUAUGGUAUCAGGAUUGUACGUACGUUUCAAACAGCCAAUAGGGUACCUUCUAGCGCAUCAUAGUCCAGGCAGUCAAGGGCUACUGGAAUUCAUCAAAAAAGCAUUCGUGCUGUAA